UACAUUAGUCAAUUAUAUUGUUUUGACUGUUCUGUGCCCUAAUAAUAUUUAAAUUAAAAGUGAAUUACAUCGAUGCUCAUAGGAUAGUUUGAAUUACUGGUUAGUGUUUGAUUUCGAUCGAUUCGUGCUUGGCGUGCGGUACUGAGUAAAACGUGUUUAUCGUUUUCAGUUUUUGUAGAACUAUAAUACGUGUUUAUUGAUAUUUAGUCAAUGUCACGUAAACGAAAACGAAAAUAUUUGACGUUGGCUGAAAAAGUUUAUAUGAUUAAUUUGGUAGAAAGUAAUCCAAAGAAAAAAUAUGGAAUUGCAAACCAAUUUGGCAUCACGAAAAGCGCUUUGUCUACAUUACUGAAAUCUAAAAACUUGAUAUUCAACAACUAUGAAAUUUUUGGUGCUACUAAAGUUACAAAAUUCCCGAAUUGUUCAAAUCUCUGCGAGAAAUUAACGGCAAACUCAACUCAAACUUUAAUAAAAAGAAAUCGUAAGAUUAUACCAAUAUGCAAUACAAAGAGGAAAGGUGACUUAUUAAAACGGUAUGUACAAAAAAAAUUAACAUAUAAUGAACAUCAAGGUAAACAAUUAUUUAAUCAAUUGAUAAAAAAAAAUGCUAACGAAGAGUUAAGGUCUAUUUUAGAACACAAUAGUCAUGAUGAUAUUUUUAUUGCUACACAAUUUAACAUUUCUUACAAACAACAUAUCGGUAGUCUUCCUCAAGUGCAUUGUAGUGAAAGCGAUAACCUGAUCGUAUUAAUAUGUGUGAACUUAACAGGCAAUGAAAAAUUGGAACCGCUUGUAGUGUGUAAAAAACCGGAAACAUCUCAUGAAUGUCCACCUGCUGUUAAUAUGGAUAAUGUAAUGCCUUUGAUGUUUAAUCGUUGGCUCGAAGAUUUAGAUGAGAAAAUGUAUAUAAAAAAACGGCGGAUUAUCUUGUUAACUGAUUCAACUUUGGAGUUAUUGAAAUCACAUGCCAUAUUAAAAGCAGUCAAUAUUAGAUUCAUAUCGUUAUCAUUAGCCGGAUGUUUAGAAGAUCUUUUCAAAACUGCGUACAAAACUCAGAUUUUGGAAAACAAUCAGCCAUUAGAUUUAUACCAAACCAUAAAAUUUGUUGACAUGUCAUUGAAGUCAAUCUCAACGGAAGAUAUUAAGAGUUGCUUUCGUUUCAAUGAUAAUAAUAAUCAUAAAAAAAUUAUAGAUGAUGAUUCAUUAUUAAUGUUUACGUAUGGUAAUUCUCUUUUGCCUACAAAAAAACUAACUAAAAUAAUUAAUAAAAAUAAUUCAACAAACGAUGAGUGUAGAACUAAUGAAAAAAUAACUGAUGGUGAAGUCUUUCAAGCCUUGGAAACUAUAAAAGGAUUUUUAAAAUUUAGUCAAGGUGUAACACCAAACUAUGUUGACAUCAUCUCAACCUUAGAGAACAUUAUAGAUGAUAACGUAAAAAGUAAAAAGUGCAAAAAAAAUUACCAAACAGAAAUAACAGAUUUUUACAAUAUAAAUAGUUUUCCAUAAAAGAUCCAUUUGUACUUGAAUAAUAAAAAAUAUGAUAUAAUCAUAAUAACUGGAAAAAAUUCCAGUUAUUCCAUAUAAUUAUAUGUUUAUAAUUCAAUAAAUGGCCUAAGAGCAGAAUAAAUUUGUAUUAUGUAAUUUAUUUAUAUUAUGUACAUUUUAAUAAAGGAAUUUUAAU